GUAUAUAGAUGUCACAAACAUGAAAUCUUAAAUAGCUCAGUGGAAACAGCGGUUGUCUGGCAAGCGGAAGAUCAGAGUUCGAUCCCAGCUGAGUCUUAUGUUUUUCAUCUCAUAUUAAAAGUGGCAUUAAAAAUGGAUAUCUACAGAUAUACACAAGUACCCCCGGCCAAAGUUUCUGAUCUUUCUUUCGUGCGAAUGCAAUAAAAUUUAUUAAAUCCAAAGAAAUCUUUUUGAGUUGAAGUAAUUCUAUAUGAAUACUCUAAGAAUUAUGGUCCUCAAUAAAUUUUUGUAUUCUGUGGUAGAGUUUGUGUCUGACCCUGGAAAUGAUGAAGAGGAAAUCCUUGUGGAAGUUGUACCAACCAAAUGGAUUAGCGAGAAUAGAGAAUUCUGUUAUUAUCCACCACAUUCCAUGAGGGGAAAAUGUAUGAAGUUGGUGAUGAGUCUAGCGGACUAUGACUCGUCCGUCUGGAAACUUCUCCGCAUUACAUAUCAUCACAGUUAUUCUACUUUCAAUGUUGCCUUAAAAGCAAGAAACAAGGCUGUGAAGGAGGACACAGUUGCUGCAACAGAUGUUGAUACAGACUACAAUAAACCACGCAACAGAAAGCCGCCUAAACGCCUACUUUUAUCAGAUUCGGAGUCAGAUGAGGAACCGAGAGGAAAGAAACCUGUGGGAAGUCAUAUCAUUCCGGAACCCAGCUCAACUCUGCCCUUAAAUCUCAAAAGGUUACUCGAUAGUGCUAAAGCCAAAAAUUUAGCUAAGUCCAAGCAAAAAUGUUCUGUCAUUUCGAAGCUUUUGUUUGCCUCAUCAAAGAGAGAUACAACUCCUGUCCACCAAUUAUUACAGGAAGAGUCUGCACAGGCUGGUUUGUACUUUUUAUUACUACAACUUAACUGCAACAUUUAGCAAA